UAAAAUUUUAAAAAUCAAAUCUCCCUGAAAAACAAAACGUUUUGCCUAAACUUGAAAAGAAAAAAAAAAACUUUUUGCUCAAAUUAAUAAUUAAGUUGAUUUUUUUUCUUUAAUUUACCCGGGUUUGUUAUAAAAAAUUUUUCAAAAUUAUACUUGAUAUGGAUAUGACUUCAACGGCGGAAGCUGCUGCCCGCAGCUGGUAUGAUAAUCCGCGUUUAGUAGGUGGAGGCUCACCACAAACCAAUGGUUUGGGUGCCUCUGCCUCAGGUCUAGGUCAUCACGGUUUAGGUGGUGGUCUGGGUUCAACAGCCAGUGGUAGCACCGGUUUAGGCGGUGGCAGUGGUGCCGGUGCUGGCAGUGGUUUAGGUUUAGAUACCAGCGAUAUGGGAGCAUUUUAUGCUCUUGAAAGUAAUGGUCAUCAUAGAAGAUAUUAUCCCAGCUAUCAUCAACACACCUCCCGUAUGCCAUCCUCACAUACAUCACCGCAAAUGUGUCGGCCUCACUUUCAUACGCCCCUGAGUUCAUGGCUUACCAGCGAACAUAAAUCAUUUGCACCCGCCAGCCCUUGGGGCAGUCCGUUUGCGUGUCCCCAGGAACCACAGGUCGAUCAUAAAUUGAGUCAGGUGGGUCAAUCACAUCAGACAACAACGAUGGGUCAACAUUCAUUUCCAUUCCCGCCCACACCGCCAAAGGAUUCAACACCCGACUCAGUACAAACCGGUCCCUCGGAAUAUCAGGCUGUGGUAAAUGCUUUUAUGCAUCAAGCUCAAGCGACGGGUUCCACCUCCCUGCCCGAUACAAGCUGUGCCCUCGACAUUAAGCCCACCAUACAAAAUGGCUCUACCUCCUCCUCACACAAUGGCAGUGGCCAGUCCUCUGUGCCCAAGCAAAGAGAAGGUACUAAUCAAACGUCAAACAGUAAUAGUAACAACAACAGUAAUAACAAUAAUAGUACAACAAAUAGUAAUAAUACAAAUAAUCAACAUAGUAAUCAGACACACAACAGCAACAACAACAGUAAUAACCAAUCAUCGACAUCAGGUUCUAGAAACGCCAAUAAUUCAAAUACACAAAAUGUCCAAUCUGCCGCCAACCAAAAUAACAAUACCUCCUCCCUACACAACAACAACAACACAAACACCAACGCCCUGCUAAACAGUUCUAGUGCGGCGGGUCUCUUCGAUAGUACCGGCCAAACGCACUAUGGCAAUUUAGGCCAAUCUAGCGGUUUGGGUUUGAGUAAUGGUGUUGCUGGCAACACAUCCGCCAAUAGUUAUGAUGGUUCAUAUGCCUCGUAUGCGGCGCAUCAUCAUGCGGCCGCUCAACAUCAAGCGGCCGCUGCAGCAGCCGCUGGUAUGUUUCAAAGUCCUUCAAUGGCAGCGGCGGCUGCUGCCAGACAUCAUCAUCACCAUCAUCAUCAUGGUCAUCAUUCGAUGUCGGCAUCUAGUGUGGGUUCAUCGGGUGGUAUGUCGAGUAGUGUGGUUGGUGUUGGCGGUGGCGGCAGUCACGGCAUGUCCGGCAGUUUAAGUGGUAAUGGCAGUAAUAACGGUUCCAAUAUUGAUGUUAAACCGGCUCGUACUAAACCUCGGACUAGCGCUGAAGGCCGUGAGUGUGUAAAUUGUGGUGCCACCUCAACGCCUUUAUGGCGACGCGAUGGUACCGGUCACUAUUUGUGCAAUGCCUGUGGUUUAUAUUACAAAAUGAAUGGUCAAAAUCGACCUUUAAUUAAGCCAAAACGAAGACUGGUAAGUUUAAAACACCCUUAUUUCUUACACAAUUAAAGGUAAAUAACCCCUAAACGAACAGGAGAGACAAAAAAAAUAAGACAUAAAUUAAACACCUUGCCACAUAAAUUUGAAAAACAAAUAACAAAUAUUUAAAGAGAAUUUUUAGUUAAAAAAAAAAAAUUCAAUAAAAAUUUUAAAAAAGUUUUAUAAGAAGUAGUAGAAGUUGUCUUCUAUAUAAACAUAAAAACCACAGCAUGACUGUUGCUCAAAUGUCAUAAUAUUUCCUAGAAAUUAUAAAAAUUUAAAUUUUAAGACAAUUGAUUACAAUAAAACCAUAGAGACAUUAAUAACAUGAUCAUCAAGAUAAUCAUGAUUAUGAGAUUCUGUU